AAUCAGCAGCUCGAGGCUCCGCCCCUCCACACUAAACUCAUCUGAUAAAACACGGAUAGCCGGAGGAAUCAAAGACACCGAUUACACCGCCGUCCCUUACCGCUGGAGCAUCAGCACCGGUCCCGAAGCACACCUCCAACGCUCUCCUCACCAAAACACGAAAACACCAGCGACUGGAAGCGGUCGCGAGGAAUAUAUUACUCUCCUAACAGAACAAUGAACGCGCGCUGAUUUCUCAGGGACAGACGGACUGUUUAAGGAUAAAUGGAUUCCAGGAAAUAGGGACUACAGAGAGGCCUCCUGCUGACCCUUCUUCAGUCAGGCCGGGAGUGCAGCGGCGUGCGGCUGAGAGGAUUGCGGGAAGAUGAAGUCCAGUCUGAAACAGUGGCGGCGGCUCGCCCUCGGCCUCAUUCUGGUCUGGGCACUGCUCUUCCUGGCGCUCCUCUCUUACUUCAUGGAGUCAAGAGUGGAUGACCCGCACGCCGCGGCCGCUCUAUCUUACACAGACACCCGACGCCUGACCUCCCUGCAGGGCAACCCUCGGACCAUCAUGGCCACCCAUUUGGGCCUGGCCACCUCCUCCGCCCCAUCCACCUCCAGCAACACCCAGCAGGAGCAGAGCCAGGAGGAAAACCCAAGCGCCGAUCCCCAACCUAGUCCACUCAGCCAGGAAGCCUACCCUUACCCUGACCCUCAGAGCCUGGCAGCCUGGUCCGCAUUCGGCACCCAGGAUGUGGGCUCGAGGUCGACCGGCAUGAGUCGCAACCGUGAACGACAAGAGUACAACCAGGAUUCACCUCAAGAAGACGAGGAUGAAGAGGAGGAGGUGAUUGGGGGGGAAGAGGAGGAUGAGGAGGGUGGUGAUGAAGGUAGAGGGAGGACCACCAAACGGGUUGCAAGGCAUGGGAGCUCUGACCCGCAUGAAUAUUACGUUCCCAGAUACAAAUCCAUAGUUCAUGGUCUGUGGAAAGGGAGUUUGUCGAUGGGGAUGCUCAGUCCACGCCUGCAGAGGGCUAUGAAAGACUACCUGAAUAAUAAUAAGCAUGGAGUGGCCUACAGGGGGCACCGGAAGGCGAAGCAGAGCCGCCAGCAGGUGCUGUGUGAGCUGAAAAAAAGGGAGAAGAUUCGAACAUUGGAUGGGGCCGAGAUGCCUUUCUCCAAAUUGGGCUGGCAGAAGAUUGUGCCUGCAUUACCCCUAAGCCAGAUCCACAGGCCAGGCUUAAAGACCUGUGCUGUGGUCACCUCUGCUGGAGCCAUGCUGCACUCUGGACUUGGCAAGGAGAUUGACUCCCAUGAUGCAGUGCUGCGGUUUAAUACAGCUCCUACUGUGGGUUAUGAAAGAGACGUUGGGAAUAAAACCACCAUACGCAUCAUCAACUCUCAGAUCCUGGCGAAUCCCAUGCAUAGGUUCAACAGAAGCUCAUUGUAUAAAAAUGUAACGCUGGUGGCGUGGGACCCUGCACCGUACACCCUCAACCUGCACAAAUGGUACUCCAAUCCAGACUACAACCUCUUCACACCAUACAUGGAGUACAGGAUGCGCUUCCCUUCUCAGCCUUUCUACAUCCUGCACCCCAAGUACAUCUGGCAGUUAUGGGACGUGAUUCAAGCUAAUAAUCUGGAGAACAUCCAGCCCAAUCCACCCUCCUCAGGGUUCAUAGGCAUCCUGCUAAUGAUGUCCUUAUGUGAAGAGGUGCAUGUGUACGAGUACAUUCCCUCCCUGCGUCAGACGGACCUGUGCCAUUAUCACGAGCGCUACUACGAUGCCGCCUGCACUCUGGGUGCGUAUCAUCCUCUGCUCUACGAGAAGAUGCUCAUCCAGCGCAUGAACAUCGGCUCAGAGGAUGAGCUCAAACGCAAAGGCAAAGUCACACUGCCCGGAUUCAACAAAGUCCACUGUGAGCCUUGAACACACACACACACACACACGCAAUAACAGCCUUUCUAACGCAGAGGAGAACCACAGACAUCCAGCCGGCUCAUUAAAAAAACUGACUGUGUGGGACUAAACCUUCUGCUGUAGUUGUAGAUCUCUCUGAAAUGCAUUUCCUGAGCCUAUGCUUAAAGAUGGUCCAAACAGCAAUAGACACGUGACGAGAAAAGCUUUUUAGAUGUUUGUGAUGUUGAAAGCCAUCAAAAAAAAAAACAGUAUUUCUUAUACGUAUAACUGUGUUUGACAGCGUUUGGAAGUAUUACAGUCAUAGACACUGAAAAUUUCACUGUCAAAAAAGUGCAGAGAUGGGAUUUAGAACAAAAAUGAGCUUUAUUAAUCUGUCUGUAGAUGUUCUGACAGAUUAAAAGCUUCUCGCCAUAA